AUGGAGAACUAUAAGGAGAUGAAAGAAGAUUUAACAAAGGCAUUAGCUAAAAUGAAGGAGCUUGAGGAGAAAAUGGUGAAAAACCUGACGGAGGAGAUGACCUCUCAGGAUGACAGCAUUGCCAAGCUGACCAAAGAGAAGAAAGCCCUCCAAGAGGCACACCAGCAGACUCUUGAUGACCUUCAGGCAGCGGAAGACAAAGUCAACACUUUGUCUAAAUCCAAGACAAAACUUGAGCAGCAAGUGGAUGAUGGUAUGGACCAUGAGAGAGCCAAGCGGAAGCCUGAGGGUGAUCUGAAACUGGCCCCGGAGUCCAUAAUGGAUCUGGAGAAUGACAAACAGCAAUCAGAGGAGAAGAUCAAAAAGAAGGACUUUGAGGUGAGUCAGCUACUCGGCAAGAUUGACGAUGAGCAGUCUUUUGGGAUCACAGCUUCAGAAGAUCAAAGAACUUCAGGUCAAAUGGCCCAUACUGAGGAGCUGGAAGAGGAGGCCAAGCGAGCUGCCCGUGCUAAAGUAGAGAAGCAGAGCUGA